CCACACAACCCCCAAAGUAAGAAUGCCCAAUUAUAAUCAUGUUAUAGUAAAAGAGUAACACUCAACAUCCAAAGAUCUUAAUAACAAUCCUUCUGUCAAGAAACUGCAAUGGAAACCGAGCUCAAAAAUCUCAACCAAACAAACAAUUCCCAAGAAUACCUUCAACAACAAGAACAAGAACAAAUCGAUGAUGGCGAACGACCACUCUUGAAUCCCAAUUCUCCAUCAUCAUCAUCACCAGAUCAAGCAAACAAUGAAAAAGAGUUGACAAAAGAAGAAUUGCAGGAAAUGGAGAAGAAAUUUGCUGCUUAUGUGCGUCACGAUGUUUAUGGGCCUAUGGGACUUGGAGAACUUCCGGUUAUGGAGAAAUUAUUGCUGGGUUUUGCGAUUUUAACGCUGGUUCCUAUUCGAGUGGUUGUUGGGAUGAGUAUACUUGUGAUUUAUUACUUGAUUUGUAAGAUUUGUACUCUUUUUCCGACGUCGGAGCAGCAGCAACAGCAAGAAGGUUAUGCUCAUUUGCGUGGAUGGAGAAGAGAGAUUAUUGUUCGUAGUGGGAGGUUUUUCUCUAGGGCUUUGUUGUUUACUUUUGGCUUUUAUUGGAUUUCUCAUACAUCCAAGAUUUAUCAUGAUCACAAACUCACUGAUGAGAGUGACAGCAAAGAUCAAUCGGAGAAACCUGAAAGGCCUGGAGUAAUCAUAUCAAACCAUAUCUCCUAUUUGGAUAUCUUGUACCACAUGUCGUCUUCAUUUCCAAGCUUUGUUGCCAAGAGAUCAGUGGGUAAGCUUCCUCUUGUUGGCCUCAUCAGUAAGUGCCUUGGUUGCGUCUUUGUGCAGCGAGAAGAUAAAUCGUCAGACUUCAAAGGUGUUUCAGGAAUUGUGACAGAUAGAAUCAAAGAAGCACUUGACAAUAGUGAUGCUCCAUUGAUGUUGAUUUUUCCAGAGGGGACAACUACAAAUGGAGACUUCCUUCUUCCAUUCAAAACUGGUGCUUUCAUAGCAGGAGCUCCGGUUCAUCCUGUAAUCCUAAGAUAUCCAUAUAAAAGAUUUAGUCCUGCCUGGGACUCGAUAUCUGGAGUAAGGCAUGUGAUUUUACUCCUGUGUCAAUUUGUAAACUUUAUGGAGGUGAUGAGGUUGCCUAUCUACUAUCCAUCGAAGGAAGAGAAAGAUAAUCCUAAAUUAUAUGCCAAUAAUGUACGGAAGCUGAUGGCUAACGAGGGUAAUUUGAUACAAUCAGAUAUUGGAUUGCCUGAGAAAAGGAUAUAUCACGCCACGCUCAAUGGUUUUUUGUGUCAAAGAUAAUUUCGGUUCGCCUAUAUUCAUUGUCUUGUGUUUGUUUAAAGAAGUUAUAUGAGGAAAAAGAGGAAUAUAUACAUUAACUUGUUAGUGCAUUCACAAUGUCCUCUAAAGAGAAUGUGCAAAAUUUUGGGUUUCCGAUGAUAUUUUGGUUGAGAGAUGUCAAGCAAGCGCUCGUUAACAGUUCUCUCCCAUCACCCCGAGGGCUGGGAGAUCCCGGACUUCUUAGUGAAAAAGCCUCAUUUCUUGUAAGUUUAGUGAGGGUUAGUCUUUUCGUUUUGAUUUUUACCGAGCAUCCAGGAAAUCAUCUUAUGCAGAAAAGAACGUCGAUGUUAUUUUAACCAGGUAGCGAAAGAAUGAUUGUACAAGCGAGAUAUAAAGCAUUUUUUUAGGUUGCAGGACCCUCGAGUGGAGGUGAAAUAGGCAAUUGAGAGCUUCAUAGAAUUGAGUUUCGAAAGGGUGUUUCGGGGUUUUGAACUCGAUUAUGCUUUUCCCAGGCAUGUAUCUUGUACUAACUCAUUAGAUUGACUAUCACAGUGUUAUACUGGCAUUAACCUGUCUCAAGUGUAUAGUUAGAAGCAUACUAGUCUUGGACUUAUACUGGUUCUUCUUCCUAUGAAAGGUUGUAUUCAUUGAAAUUUGAAAGUAACUUGCUAUAACAAAUUUUUUUUUUCGUGGAAAGUUGGGAAAUUUCACUUAGUAUGAAGUCAAAUCUCUUGUGAACUUUUUUUUUUAGAAAUUUGUAUUUAGAUUUCUUUAAUCCAACAAUGUAGUACUUCAAAGAAAAACAAAAAAGGAAGUUUAUUUCUUUAA